AUGACACCUAACUCGGAUUCUUCUCACCAGCCUCUCCCCCCUGUCUCUCGCACGGUCGAAUAUCAUCGACCAUCAAGGAACAGUGCUCAUUAUUCUGCUGGAACAGACCUUUCUCUUGGUAUGGUAUCAACAUCAACAACCUCAUCACCGCGUAUCCCACAAGGAGGACAACAACAACAACAACAGCAGCAAGUAGGAAGUGGAGGAGGUGUACCAUCAUCAUAUAGAUCACCAGUAAUCUCAACUCCUAUGGGAUUUGAUACAUCAUCAAACCUUCAACCUACACGUGCCGCACCUGUACCACCCGCACCAGGAGUUUUAGCAAGAAGAGAGUCACAGAGAUCAGGAAUAGGAGCAGGAGGUGGAAGUGGAUAUCAAACUAAACCAUCAUCAAAUUCACCUAACCCAAAUAGAUACUCUGCUGGAGCAAGUUCAUCCUAUAAUAACAUGACAAUGUCAUCAUCAAAUGGAAAUGGCGUUUUACCACCACCUAGACCCACAAGAGCAGGUACAUUACCACUCGGUGAAUUCCCCAGUGGUAGUAGUAACGGUUGGGAUCAAAUGUCACCUACUAUACCUUCAGCAAGAAGUCCAAAUAUCACCAACAGUCCAUCAACAGGUGGAUCGGCUUUCUUACCUAAUCCGGUCCCACCUCCUCUCCAUCAUCAACCAACCUCAGCACCUGGAAAUCCAUAUUCAACUCAAUCAUUAGAAAAAAGCUUUGAAGACGCAAAGAUCGGAUUAGGUGUUGGAGUACCUCUACAAGUUGCAGAACCGAAAGAUAAGGAUUUACCGAAAGAUCCAGGUACAAUAGGAAGAAACAGAAGUGGUACAGGCAAAAGUAGUAAAGAUAAGAAAAGUGUCUUUGGAUUCAUGAGUGACCUCUUGACGACAAGCAAACCCCCUGUCAUAUCCACACCCUACGACCCGAUUCAUCUCACACACGUCGGUUUUGAUUACAAUACCGGACAAUAUACUGGUAUGCCUCAAGAAUGGCAAAAGAUCCUUGAUGAAAAUGGAAUAACGCGAGCAGAGCAAGAGGAAAACCCAAAUGAGGUUCUCGCCGUAGUACAGUACUUCAAAAACCGUGACGCCCAACAAGAAAGUCAAGAAGAUGAAGUUUGGCAAAAAAUGAGGAAUGCCGAACCCGUGCAAACACCUGAUUCACCAGGCAUACCUCCUAAGGAUACGAGCAUGUCCAGAGAGGGUAGUGCAGAAGGUGGACCAUUGAGGGGUGACCAGUUCGCGAAUCCCCGAACUGCCCCUACCCCGCCUGCAAAAGCUGGACCACCUCGAAUGCAGGCCGAUCGUCCGCCACCAGCUCCUCCUGGUCGACUUCCCCCAGCUGAACUCACCAAACCUGCCCGUCUGGCACCGGGCCAAUUAUCUUCCUCUGCAACAUCACCGCUCGAUCGAUCUUUCUCGCAACGUACACCGCCUACACAUCCCCCUAAAAGCAAACCACUCGAUAGAGCCAAUACAACGCGUGCCCCCACAUCCAAGCCAUCAGGAUCGAGUUCAUUGCCAUUAGCCAAAUCUCACUCGCAACAGGGACAGAAAGCGCGACCAGAGCAAAGUCCGGUUCCGUCCGGAUCAGGAAGUACAGGAUUGGCGAGGAAUCAAACUCAAGGUGGGACGAGCAGACAACAAGCUGGCGGAACCCCUAGAAGGAGGGAUAAACAAAAGGAGAAUGAAGAUGUUGUUAGGCAAUUACAAGCUAUCUGUACACCUGGAGAUCCUAACCAAGUAUAUAAGAGUUUGACCAAGAUCGGACAGGGUGCUUCCGGUGGUGUCUACACAUGUCAUGAUCGUCAUGGGUUUCCAGUGGCUAUCAAGCAAAUGAACCUUGAAAAACAACCUAAACAGGACUUGAUCAUCAAUGAGAUUUUGGUAAUGAGAGAAUCCGCUCAUCCCAACAUAGUGAAUUUCAAAGAUUCAUACCUUUGGAAAGGAGAUUUAUGGGUCAUAAUGGAAUAUAUGGAAGGUGGAAGUUUGACGGAUGUAGUGACCGCUCAUUGUAUGAGUGAAGCUCAAAUAGCUGCUGUGUCAAGAGAAGUCUGUGAAGGGUUAAGACAUUUACACUCAAAAGGAGUCAUACAUAGAGAUAUCAAAAGUGACAAUGUUUUGUUAUCCAUCAACGGUGAUGUCAAGCUUACCGACUUUGGGUUCUGUGCUCGAAUUGCGGAUCCAUUACAUACAAAACGAACAACAAUGGUUGGUACUCCAUAUUGGAUGGCUCCAGAGGUCGUCAAGAGGAAUGAAUAUGGUCCCAAAGUAGAUAUCUGGUCUCUGGGUAUUCUUGCUAUUGAAAUGCUGGAAGGUGAACCACCUUACUUGAAUGAAAAUCCAGUCAGGGCUUUGUACCUGAUCGCUACCAAUGGUACACCCAAAGUCAAAGAUUGGGAUAGACUGAGUACGAAUUUCAGGGAUUACUUGAGAUGUACUCUGACGGUAGAUGCGGAAAUAAGACCUAACGCAGAUCAGUUGCUGAUGCACGAGUUCUUCAAACAUUGUGCUCCGUUGAAUUCGUUAUCGAAUAUGAUACGAGCUGCCAAGAAGGGUUAA